AUGAGCGGUCAUCGCAAGUCACUGUCAUAUCUCCUGCACAGCGCCAAGAAAUGGAGGCGAGCAAGGUUCAUCGGCACGACAUCUGAACGCCAGGACAGCCUACUUACAUUCUACUCGAUACUGGACGAGCUUGCGACUUGGGACUUUUAUUUUGUGUGUUGCGAAGUUGUACAAGUUGCAGCAAUCAGUUGCAAAACAUUUAAUGAUCCAUGUGAUGGUGAAUGCUCAAAAUUUUCAAUAAACGAAGGCUCCCGGAAGCUCCCUAUGAUGUUCGGCCACCAAGGCCCUCAAAUAAGCACUGGGGGUCUUGCAAAGACCUCUCUGAUGGAAAGUGGAGGCUUUUUGAUUGAUAUACACGGCGCCCUCCCUUGGAGUUCAGACGCACUUUUCGAAGGUCUAUGUGACUUGCGGGAGCUUUUCCACCUUCACGAAUGGGUCUUUGGUACACGAGAGCUUUUUCGCUUGGCUUCUUUACCAUCGUUGCAAGUUCUGCACUUCUGCCUGAAGCCGUACCGCGAUAUCAAGACCCAUUCCAAUCUCAUUCCAACAAAAAAUUUCCCAAUUCGAGCACCCGACUUUGACGCGGUUGCCCCGUUGCCGUCGUUUAGUCGCUUGACGCAUCGACGGCUCAACUGCAUAUGCCCCUCGGUCAUCGACGAUGCCUCACUCAAGACAAUGGCGCAAUCCCAACCUCAGUUGGAGAAUUUUGGGAUUGGAAAUGCGGGUCGCUAUCCAGUCCUCCCAUCCCUUACCUUCGUGGGACUCGCUUAUCUUAUACAUCAUUUCCCCCGCCUGUACACCAUUGACAUGUCAUUUUGGGCAUAUGAAGUCGAUUUCAACAACGAGCCGCUCCCUACAACCACUCUCAACGAGGGGAUCUUGGUGAACAUGUCUCCAGUCGUCGAUCCCAUCGCUGUGGCCUGUCGACUACAUAAUUUGAUGCCCAAAUUGACUUACGUGAACUUCUUCGCUAAGUUUGAUGUUGGCCUCCCCUUACCCCCGCCAUUCUGA